CAGAUCUGGGAUAUUAUGUACUCACAAAGAUCUCCUAUCAUCUCACAUAAGGUGAGACAUUGUGCUGUACGAGUGUUAGCUCCGCAUCCUGCCGGUCAAAUCUUAGCGGUCGGAGCCGACGAUGGGACUGUUACAGUUUUCAGACCAAACGAAGAACUUGAACAGUGCACAAAAUCAGAGAAGCUAGCAGCAGGCAUCAUGUUUGAUCGAGAAUCCAAGCGUGAGCGUAUUAUCGAAAAAACUCUGAGAGAGAAAAGGUACCAAGAGAAGCAGGAAUUAAUGAGAAAAGCUAAAAACAAGGAAACGGAUUUAGAAAAUUCUGAUCAUUUUUACAGAUCUCAGAUUGUCGAGAAAAGUGAAGAUCAAAUUCUCAGGGAAACAGAGAAGGUUUAUUUUGAGAAGGUUAACAAGCUCAAGAAUGCCGGGAAAGCCUUCUUUUCCUCAGCUUAUACAUGAUCGAUUGCU